AUGGAUAAACUACGAAAUCAGUCACACUCUCUCAUCGCUGACAAUCACGGCCCCCCUGAAAACGUUUUUGAUAUACAGGAACCACUGAAAGCUGAAGUGACCCUAGCAUCACCUUUCAAAUCUCAAGACGUCCUGCUGUUCGAGCACGAGCGGGGCCGCUUCUACGGCUUCCUGGGCCUCUCCUGCGCCGCCCAGGGAGUGUUCUGGACGUCGCUGGCCGCCGCCGCCCUGGCCUGGCCGCACAGCCCCGCGUGGUCCCCGCCCUCCGGAAUGGAAGCGGAAGCAGAAGUGGCGCCCGCGCGCCGAAGGCCUGCACGGGGCUCUGCCUUGUGGCGCCAUGGGCUGGCCCUCGCCUGUGCCGCCAUUGGGUCCCUGGUGCUGACGGCAGGACUGCUCUUCUCCCACCGGUCCGUGCAUUCCGUGCUGCUGCAAGCCGGGAGGCAGCGGGUGACCGUCACCACCCACGGCCCCUUCAGCCUGGGAGCCGAGUUCACCGUUCCCCUGCGCCACGUGUCCUGCCUGGCCCACCGGGGCGAGGUGUCCGCCGUGCUGCCUCUCAAGGUUAAGGGCCGGUGCUUCUGCUUCCUCCUGGACAAGGCCGGACGUUUCCCCAACCUGCGGCUCUUCGAAGUCACGGUGGAAGCUUACCAGAGUCUGUGA